AUGUCGGAACUAGUAUCAUUCAAGGUCAUCAUCAUUGGCGCAGGCCUUGCAGGCGCCUUGCUCGCCAAUGGGCUUCUCAACCACAAUAUCUCCUUCACGGUCUAUGAGCGAGAUUCUGAAAACAGCAAGCGAGAAGGAUACCAAAUCCGCCUGGGGGACUCCGCUAUUACGGGUUUUAAAGCGUGUCUAGACGACGAAAGUUUCAAAGCUAUCAUUCAAAAAUUUGGGCAGUCUGCAACUUCUGGGGCCGUAGCGCCAUGCAUCUACUCAACUCGGUUCCAGCCCGUUCUAGAUCUGACCUCGCUACCUACAUACUCGAAAUCCUUCGCGAUCAACCGCGUAGUCUGUCGCAACCUGCUUCUUGAUGCUGUAAAGCCGGGCGGAAAUAUACACUAUGAAAAGGCAUACUCGUCUCAUGAGAUAAUCCGCGACGCUUCUACUGGCAACGAGAGGGUAAAGGUUCUCUUUGCUGACGGCACGUCCGAUGAAUGUGAUAUCAUGAUCGGAGCCGAUGGUAGCGGCUCUAGAGUCAACAAAACACUUGGUCUAAACAAUCUGGUCGAUAUUGACACACAUUGGUCUUUCUUAGCCAAAGGAAACCUUCCUAGGGAUAGACUCAAUGAGUUGCCCGCUCAGCUUCAGAAAGGACCGCUUCUGGUAUUCUCGAAAGGGGUGUCCUUCUUCUACUCCUUAUACUUGCCUCCGACAUACAAUGAUACUAAUUCGGCGAACAAACAAAUAUCCUACGAUGAAGAAGCUGCGUCUUUCUACUGGGGUUUGAAUAUUCCCAAGGUUCUAUCAACAAAAUAUCAAAACUAUGCGGAUAUUCCGGACCGUCUUAGGUUCUGUCUCGACUUUAUCCACGACUGGGCACCCGAAUUUAAAACGUUGCUCACGACAGGUCAAGAUGACAAGAAAUUUAGCGGCAUCUAUGUUACCCCUUUGAGAGCUAGUACCAAACCGGCUAAGAACUGGCGAUCGCGAGUCCAACAAUCGAGAUUGAUAAAGACAGAGGAAGGUCACCCUCGAGUAUGGCUUUUGGGUGAUGCAAUGCACGCGAUGCAACCAAACCGGGGCAUGGGUGGAAACCAAGCAAUGCACGACUGCGCCGAGAUGCUCCCAUACCUAGUCGAGCUAAAUGAUAUUGCGAAGGGUGGAAGGCAACCCACAGCCGAGGAGAUCUCGUUUGCAUGUAAUAAAUAUGAGGUAGUGAUGAUUGACCGGGCUUUCAACUGGGUUUCCAAAAGUGGUGGAAUCUCGAUGCCGGUAGGUGACUCCCGUUAUGAAAUCUCCAAAGCGGUGAAAGCUAUCUGA